AUGAGCAAUCGAAGCAAAUACCAGAUAACGAUCUACGCGAGUAGCCUCAAGAAUGUGGCUGGUUUUGGCAAGGGAACAUCAGAUCCAUAUGCUGUAGUGACACUUCUUGCAGGAAGCGAUGAUGAGCGGGCUCACAUCCUCGGCAGGACAGAAGUGGUCAAGAACGAUUUGAGUCCUUCCUGGACGACCACCUUUAUUGUGAAUCAUUGCUUUGGAAAGGAAACCCGAAUCAACAUAGGUGUCUUUGAUGAGGUCCGAAAGUCAAAAGGGAACAAAUCAAUGGGGAGUGCUCAAUUUGAAAUCGGGGAAAUCUUGGGAGCCAAGGGAAACGUCAAGGCCAAACGACUAAAACCUGGAGGCACUCUGUUUGUUCGUGUUACAAAAGCCUCUGACCUAGAUCUAGGGACUUUCCAUCUUGGUUUGAAAGGAAUGAAGCUAAAGAAUAUGGAUGGAAUGUUUGGGAAGAGUGACCCAUUUUUUGUUGUGGAGACAUAUACAAAGGGAAGCCAUGGUGGAAGGCAGUGGCAGCCAGUGCAUCGAUCCGAGCACGUGAUGAACAAUCUGAACCCAGAUUGGAAAGAAGUCGAUAUCCCAGUUGAAAAAUUGUGUAAUGGUGACAAGGAGCAACCUAUUCAGAUUUCUGUGUAUGACUGGGAAAAAAAUGGAAAACACCAAUCGAUGGGUAAAUGCCAGACCAGUACCAAUGGGCUCCUCGCAGCUGUACAACAGCAGAAUUCAUUUGACUUGAUAAGGAAGGGGAAAUCGUAUGGAAAAGUAUUGGUGACCAGGGCAGAGAUUUCGGGGCAAGAAAUGAAUCCCAAUAAGCCGCCUCCGAAGUUUGCAUCAGUCAAGGGUGUCCGUCAAAUCAACCCCGACUACAAGAAGUGGCAGGCCAAGUAUGGAAGAGGAGGAAUGUCUGGAUCAAUGUCCGGUCCGUCAUCUCAGCAUGCCACUGACGUCGGCACACCUCCUCGUGGCAGCAGUCACGGUAGUAACCACGGCAGCAGCAGUGAUCGAAGAAGUGAUCGACGAAGUGAUGGCAAAAGUAGUAGCAGUCGCCGUCGUGAGAAAAGUCCGAAACGAUCAAACCAUCAUGACAGUGUAAGUAGUAGAAAUGGAUCAAACUACAACGAUCCAACGGAUCCAGCCAUAUCCUCUUUAUCCAAUCGCUACCCAUCCUACACGUCCGAAUCGUCACUUCCACCUGCGAUGGAGCCACCAACAAUGUCAUCGCUUUCCAUCGAGCCAUCAGCUCCCACGAAUGAUAAACCAAAAUUCGUGGACUACAUCUCUGGAGGAACGGAAAUCAAUCUUUCGGUUGCCAUUGAUUUUACUGGAAGUAAUGGAGAUCCUCGAAAGCCUGGAACACUCCAUUAUAUUCACCGAGAUGGGCAGUUGAACGACUACGAAAAGGCUCUCACAGCUGUAGCUUCGGUUGUUGCUCGCUACGAUAGCGAUCAACUGUUCCCAGUCUAUGGCUUUGGAGCAAAGUUUGGAGGUGUGAUUGAACACUGCUUUCAAGUAGGCAAGAGCACAGAGUUGAAAGGUAUCUCUGGAAUGAUCGAGGGGUAUAGAAAUGUCUUCAAGAGUGGUUUGACAAUGAGUGGGCCAACGGUUUUUGGCGAAGUCAUUCUGCAGGCAGCCGUGCAAGCGCAAAGCAAACAAGAAGCCGAACAUGCUGCUGGAAAGCAAUCGUAUUCCAUCCUCUUGAUUCUGACAGAUGGAGACGUAUCAGACUUGGAGGAUACGAAGCAAGCUAUAAAAUAUGCUAGCUCUGCACCCUUGUCCAUUGUUAUUGUGGGGGUUGGCGAUGAAGACUUUUCCAAGAUGCAGUGGUUGGAUGAUUUCCAUGUUGAAGACGACGAAGUCCGGGAUAUCGUGCAAUUUGUUGAGUUCAAUAAGCAUCGAGAUAAUCGACAACAUCUGACACAGGAAACCUUGGAUGAAAUUCCUGAUCAGCUUGUCGACUACUUUUUGGGUGAAGGCAUCAUGCCAUUACCCCCAAUCUCGGACAACAGAAUGUCGAUUAUGCCCGAGGACUUCAACUCGAGCAGAGAUGUUGAUCUAGAUAUCCGCGAACGCUCCAAUGGAGAUUUGGAAUUGAGAAAUUCUUCCAUGGCAAGAUUUGAUACUAAGUCGUAUGGAAAUACAGCGGGCUUUAUGGGUGGUCAACCAUCUCUGGCAGGCGCACCAAUCGCAGAAGAGCCAUCCCUGGGCACACCAUACCGCAGUCAAAGUGCACCUGCUCACAAUCCCUCGACCCCGGCAUCUCCCCAAUUGAGCCAAUCGACAAGUGGACAAUAUAGUGCACCAGACAGCAGGUCACAGAACCAUGCUCCAUCCAGUUCGUCUGGUUAUGCAACAGGAGGACGAAGUCACAGUGAUAUGAGAUCAGGAGGAGGACAGAGAAGCUACAGUCCCGUGCCUCCUUCCAGAAGUCAGCCUAGCUAUGGUGGAAAUCAGCCAAGCUAUGGCGGAUCUGGGUAUGGCCAACCCAAUCCAAUGCCAUCUUAUGGUGGAUCUUCCAUGCCUUCCAACUCGAAUUCACAGUACCAGCAGUACAACUCCUCCGCUGGUCCUCCUAUAGUGCAAGCUGCACAACCGGUGACUCUGCGGGUGAAGGCACCGCCCAAUUCCUAUCCUGGAAUGCAAAUUCGUGUGGCUCAUCCGCAGACUGGCCAACUUCACGUGGUAUCUAUCCCUGAUGGUGUUCAUCCUGGCGGAGACUUUCGAGUCAAUCUGGCCUAG